GCAUAUGGAUCAGGCUGUGAUAUUGUUAUUUUGGCCAAUGACUUUGAAUGUGUGCAGAUAAUCCCUGGUGCUAAACAUGGAAACAUCCAAGUCAGCUGUGUGGAGUGCUCUAACCAGCAUGGAAGAAUUGCAGCUUCAUAUGGAAAUGCCGUUUGCAUUUUUGAACCCUUGGGUAUCAAUUCUCACAAGAGAAAUUGUCAAGUCAAGUGUCAGUGGCUUAAAACUGGACAGUUUUUUCUAAGUUCUGUGACUUACAACUUAGCCUGGGAUCCCCAAGGUAACAGAUUGCUAACAGCAACUGAUUUGGUACAGUUAUGGGCUCCUCCAGAGAGUGACAUUCUAGAAGAAGAAGAGGAAAUUGAUCAGGUCAAAGAUAAUAAAAUUCCUCCUGUUUUAAAUGAUUGGAAGUGCAUCUGGCAAUGCAAGACUUCAGUGUCUGUACACUUGAUGGAAUGGUCCCCUGAUGGUGAAUAUUUUGCUACAGCUGGAAAGGACGAUUGUCUUUUGAAAGUGUGGUAUCCUAUGACUGGUUGGAAGUCUAUUAUACCUCAAGAACAUCAAGAAUUGAAAAGAAGACAGAUAUUUACUAACUUUUCCUUUGUUUAUUUGGCACAUCCUCGAGCUGUGACAGGUUUCUCGUGGCGUAACACUAGCAAAUUCAUGCCCAGGGGUUCUGUUUGUAAUGUGCUAUUAACCUCAUGCCAGGAUGGUAUCUGCCGUCUGUGGGCAGAAACCGUAUUGCCAGAAGACUGUCUUCUUGGUGAACAGAUUUGUGAGACAAGCACUUCCAGCAUUUCCAGCAAUCUUUCUCAUUCUGGAAGACAGAAAGACAGAAUACAACAUGCUCUUGAGACCAUUCAUCAUUUGAAAAAUUUAAGGAAAGGUCAAAGAAGAUCUUCCGUUCUUGUAACUCACACCGAAUUAAUGCCUGAUCAGAUGGGAACCCAUGAAGUUCAAAGACAUAUUUCCCAUCAUGCUAAUGCAUUGUGUCACUUUCAUAUUGCAGCAAGUAUCAACCCUGUCACAGAUAUCCCAUCAGUUCUAGCUGGAACAGCAUUUAACUUUGAUGAAGGAAAUGGAGGGUUUGUGGUUCAUUGGCUAAACAACAAAGAAUUCCAUUUUACAUCCUCUACUGAAAUAUUUAUGCAACAGUUAAGAAAGCUUUCUGACCUGCAAGUAGAACAUGAAAAUGAUUAUAGAGAUAGAGAUGAGGAGGAACUGCAAGAAGAGAGAGAAAGGGGCUUACAUAUGAAGCUAGAUCAUGAAUUAUCCUUGGAUAGAGAAUCUGAAACAGGCACGGGAUCAUCGGAACAUGAAGAUGGAGAACGAGAGGGGAGUCCUAGAGCUUAUGCCCGAGCCAGUAUGCCAGUGCCACUUCCUACGGUCUUACUAGAUCGGAAGAUUGAAAUGCUGCUCGCUGAAUGGAACAGGAAUCCAGAUAUGCUUUUUACAAUUCACCCCAUUGAUGGUACCUUUCUGGUGUGGCAUGUAAAGUAUUUAGAUGAAUACAACCCAGGAAUUUUCAGACAAGUUCAGGUUUCAUUUUCUUCUCGGAUCCCUGUUGCAUUUCCCUCUGGGGAUGCCAGUUCUCUCAGCAAAAAUAUUAUGAUGUAUGCUGCUAAAGAUAUGACUAACACCCUGUGGCAUCAGGAGAAGAGUACUGAUGAUGUUCUUGGAUCCCAACCAAGCUCCAGACAUGAUAGCAUGAAUGUGAACGUUGCAGUUCCCGUAGUAAUGAUGGUCUCGAAACAUGUCGAUGGAUCUUUAAAUCAAUGGGCAGUUACUUUUGCUGAUAAAUCUGCCUUUACUACUGUGCUAACCGUAUCUCACAAAUUCAGAUAUUGUGGUCACCGGUUUCACCUCAAUGAUCUGGCUUGUCAUUCAGUUUUGCCAUUAUUACUAACAUCCUCUCAUCAUAAUGCUGUGUUGACCCCUGAAUCAGAUAGUCUUUGGGAGUCAGAUACUAAACCAAGUAGAGUCACGGAUCUUGUAAAGCAUAUUAAAGGCUCAUCUAAAGAACCUCUUAGAAAUGCAGCCACUCGUACAUUUCAUGACCCAAAUGCAAUCUACAGUGAGCUAAUUCUGUGGCGUGUAGACCCAAUAGGACCUUUGUCAUAUACUGGGGGAGUAUCUGAAUUGGCACGAAUCAACUCUCUCCACACUUCUGCCUUUUCUAAUGUAGCUUGGCUUCCAACUCUUAUUCCCAGCUAUUGCCUAGGUACAUACUGCAAUUCUGCUAGUGCUUGCUUUGUUGCUUCUGAUGGAAAAAAAUUGAGAUUAUAUCAAGCUGUAGUAGAUGCCAGAAAGUUGCUUGAUGAACUUUCAGACCCAGAAUCCUCAAAACUUAUUGGAGAAGUGUUUAAUAUUGUGAGCCAGCAGUCUACUGCUCGACCUGGAUGCAUUAUUGAGCUCGAUGCAAUAACUAAUCAAUGUGGCUCAAAUACACAGUUACUUCAUGUUUUUCAAGAAGAUUUCAUUAUAGGAUAUAAGCCACUUAAGGUGGACAUGGAGCAGAAGGAAACAGAGAUAUUUUUCCAACCAUCUCAAGGAUAUCGUCCACCACCUUUUUCAGAAAAGUUCUUUCUUGUAGUAAUUGAAAAAGAUAGUAAUAAUUAUUCUAUUCUUCACAUGUGGCAUCUUCAUCUUAAAUCUGUACAAGCAUGUUUAGCUAAAACUGAAAUUUCUUCAUCAGAGAGUCUGCUUACAGUGCCUGGGCAAAAGAACGUAGAUUCUUCUCCAGAAACUUCUAGUAUAAGUUCUAUGCCACAUUCUUCAUCUAUUGCUAAUCUCCAGACUGCUAGCAAACUCAUUCUGAGUUCUAGUCUUGUCUAUAGUCAGCCACUUGAUCUUCCAGAUGGAGUUGAAGUAAUUAGAGCAACACCUUCAGCAGGUCAUCUGAGUUCCUCUUCAAUUUACCCUGUUUGCCUUGCACCUUAUUUAGUGGUUACAACUUGUUCUGAUAACCGAGUACGAUUCUGGAAAUGUCAUAUAGAAGGAGAACAAAAUGGCAGAAGUGAUGGCAAAGAAACCUAUCAUUGGAGUAAAUGGCCUUUGAUGAAUGAUGAAGGAGAAGAUAGCAGCAGUACAGUGAGCAUUGUGGGAAGACCAGUUGCUGUUAGUUGUUCCUAUACAGGGCGGCUUGCAGUGGCCUACAAGCAGCCUGUCCAGCACAAUGGCUUUGUUUCUAAAGAAUUCUCCAUGCAUGUGUGUAUAUUUGAGUGUGAAUCCACUGGAGGAUCAGAAUGGGUUUUAGAACAAACAGUCCAUCUUGAUGAUUUAAUUAAGGUUGGUAGUGUCCUUGAUUCAAGGGUUAGUGUUGAUAGUAAUCUCUUUGUAUAUAGUAAAUCAGAAGCCAUUUUGAGUAAAGACCGGUAUCUUAUGCCUAACAUCAAGCAUUUAGUGCAUUUGGACUGGGUAUCAAAAGAGGAUGGCUCUCAUAUACUCACAGUGGGAGUUGGUGCUAACAUUUUCAUGUAUGGGCGGCUUUCUGGAAUUGUGACAGAGCAGACAAACAGCAAAGAUGGCAUAGCUGUUAUUACUUUGCCAUUAGGUGGUAGUAUCAAACAAGGAAUAAAGUCAAGGUGGGUUCUCCUGAGAUCAAUAGACUUAGUGUCUUCUGUCGAUGGUACACCUUCACUGCCAGUUUCUCUUUCUUGGGUAAGAGAUGGUAUACUGGUGGUGGGAAUGGACUGUGAAAUGCACGUUUAUGCACAAUGGAAACAUGCCAUCAAAUUUGGUGACAAUGAAACUGAUAUUCCUACUGCUGAAGAGUCUACAGUGGACCCUCCUGCAUCUUCUAAAUCUAGCAUGGGGAUGAGGAAAAGUAUAAUUGAAGGAACAGCUAUUACAGAUGACGUGUUUGGCACACCAGCUGUAGUUCAAGAUGGUGGCUUAUUUGAAGCUGCUCACGUACUUUCCCCAACUCUUCCACAGUAUCAUCCAACCCAGUUAUUGGAAUUGAUGGAUUUAGGGAAAGUUCGCAGGGCUAAAGCCAUCCUCUCUCAUUUAGUUAAAUGUAUUGCAGGGGAGGUUGCAAUAGUUAGGGAUGCCGAGACUGGAGAAGGAGCUAAGAGGCAUCUUUCUCGAACCAUUAGUGUAAGUGGCAGCACUGCAAAGGAUACGGUCACAAUAGGAAAAGAUGGUACUCGGGAUUAUACUGAGAUUGAUUCUAUCCCUCCACUCCCGUUGUAUGCCCUGCUUGCGGCAGAUCAAGAUACAAGUUACAGAAUUUCUGAAGAAAGUACUAAAAUAUCACAGGACUAUGAAGACAGCACAAAAGAAGACCAGUAUUCAGACCUAUUCCAAAUCCAGGCCAUAACAACAGAUGACUUUAUUGACUUAGAGCCAGAAAAGAGAGAAAGCAAAUCCAAAGUAAUUAAUCUUUCUCAGUAUGGGCCAGCUUACUUUGGUCAAGAACAUGCCAGUGUACUUUCAAGCCAUCUUAUGCACUCAAGUCUUCCAGGCCUUACCCGUUUGGAGCAGAUGUUCCUUGUAGCUUUGGCUGAUACUGUGGCUACCACUAGCACAGAACUUGAUGAACAUAGAGACAAGAGUCACUCAGGAAGAGAUACGUUAGAUGAAUGUGGAUUGAGAUAUUUAUUGGCAAUGAGGUUACACACAUGCCUUUUGACAUCAUUGCCUCCUUUAUAUCGAGUACAACUACUUCAUCAAGGUGUGUCCACAUGUCAUUUUGCCUGGGCUUUUCAUUCUGAGGCUGAGGAAGAACUAAUUAAUAUGAUUCCUGCUAUUCAGCGAGGAGACCCUCAAUGGUCUGAAUUAAGAGCUAUGGGGAUAGGUUGGUGGGUCAGGAACAUUAACACACUUCGAAGGUGCAUUGAAAAGGUUGCUAAAGCAUCUUUCCAGAGGAACAAUGAUGCUUUGGAUGCUGCAUUAUUUUACCUCGCUAUGAAGAAGAAGGCAGUGGUAUGGGGUCUGUUUAGGUCACAACAUGAUGAAAAAAUGACUGCAUUUUUCAGCCACAAUUUUAGUGAAGAUAGGUGGCGUAAGGCUGCUUUGAAAAAUGCCUUUUCCUUAUUAGGAAAACAACGUUUUGAACAGUCUGCAGCAUUUUUCCUGUUGGCUGGUUCUUUGAAAGAUGCCAUAGAGGUGUGCCUUGAAAAAAUGGAAGACAUUCAGCUAGCCAUGAUUAUUGCUCGUUUGUAUGAAUCUGAAUUUGAGACGUCAUCCACUUACAUAUCCAUUCUGUAUGAAAAGAUUCUGGGUUGUCAGAAAGAUAGCUCAGGAUUCAAUUGUAGUAGAUUACAUCCUGAUCCCUUCCUGCGUAGUCUGGCUUAUUGGGUUAUGAAAGACUACACAAGGGCUCUGGAUACGCUGUUGGAACAAACACCGAAGGAAGAUGAUGAAAAUCAAGUUAUUAUUAAAUCUUGCAAUCCUGCGGUAUUUAGUUUUUACAACUACCUCCGGACUCACCCUUUACUUCUACGAAGAAACUUUGGCUCCCCUGAAGGGACUUUAGCAACUUUAGGUCUCAAAAGUGAGAAAAGUUUUGUUGGUAAUAUUAACCUUAUAGAGAGAAAAUUAUUCUUUACCACCGCAAAUGCUCACUUUAAAGUUGGAUGCCCUGUGUUAGCUCUUGAGGUACUUUCCAAAAUUCCAAAAGUAACUAAGAAGUCAAGCUUUUCUGUAAACAAAGACCUCCUUGGGGCUUCUGAAUCCAAAGCAUGGAGUGAAAGUAGUGAAAGCGUUCCCUUGAGUUCAGCCAACAUGCAGUCAUCUCAGUUCGACUGGGGUGCAACAACAUUAAAGCUUGAUGAGGAGCCACUCACUCUUGAUUGGGGUGACGACCAAGAUAGUGCUUUAGAAGAGGAAGGUGAUACGGGUUUAGUAAUGAAAAGUUCAGAUUUGGAAAAGAGAAAUGGAAAACAAGAUCAGAGCGUUUCAGACCCCAACGUGUUACUUACCCCCCUGGAAGAGGAAUCUCAUGAAGGCGACCCUGAAGUUGAUGUGAUUGCUGAACAACUAAAAUUCAGAGCAUGUUUAAAGAUCCUCAUGACUGAACUUAGGACAUUGGCUACAGGUUAUGAAGUAGAUGGAGGAAAACUCAGAUUUCAGCUCUAUAACUGGCUGGAAAAAGAAAUUGCUGCCAUGCAUGAAAUAUGUAAUCAUGAGUCAAGCGGUAAAGAAUACCCCAGCAAAGUGUACUCUAAAAUAGAUGGUGAUAUCCUUGAUUUUGAAGAAAUGAUAGACAAACCAGAAGUUGGCUCAUAUGAGCGCCACCAGUUAGAAAGACGAAGAUUACAAGCCAAACGAGAACAUGCUGAAAGGCGGAAGUUGUGGCUACAGAAAAACCAAGAUCUUUUAAGAGUAUUUCUUAGCUAUUGCAGCCUUCAUGGGGCACAAGGUGGUGGCCUAGCCUCAGUAAGAAUGGAACUCAAAUUUUUGCUUCAAGAAUCACAACAGGAAACUACAGUGAAGCAACUCCAGUCUCCACUACCAUUACCCACAACACUACCUCUGCUUUCAGCAAGUAUUGCUUCAACAAAAACGGUGAUAGCUAAUCCUGUAUUGUAUCUAAAUAAUCACAUCCAUGAUAUCCUUUAUACCAUUGUUCAAAUGAAAGUGCCGCCACAUCCCAAUAUUGAAGAUGUGAAGGUGCACACACUUCAUUCACUAGCAGCUUCCCUUUCUGCAUCUAUUUACCAAGCAUUAUGUGACAGUCACAGCUACAGUAGCCAAACCGAGGCAAAUCAGUUUACUGGAAUGGCUUACCAAGGGCUUCUUUUAAGUGAUCGUCGAAGACUAAGAACGGAAAGUAUUGAUGAGCAUGCAACACCAAAUUCAUCUCCUGCUCAGUGGCCAGGUGUGAGCUCCCUUAUCAAUCUAUUAAGCUCUGCUCGAGAUGAAGACCAACCAAAACUGAACAUCUUGUUGUGUGAAGCUGUUGUUGCUGUCUACUUAAGUUUAUUGAUACAUGCCCUUGCCACAAAUUCUUUCAAUGAAUUAUUUAGACUAGCAGCCCACCCAUUAAACAAUCGGAUGUGGGCUGCUGUGUUUGGAGGUGGAGUGAAACUUGUAGUGAAGCCUCGAAGACAAUCAGAAAAUAUUUCAGCACCUCCUGUUCCUUCUGAAGAAAUAGAUAAGCAUCGGAGACGUUUUAAUAUGAGAAUGCUAGUACCUGGAAGACCUGUGAAAGAUGCAACACCACCACCAGUGCCUGCAGAAAGACCAUCUUACAGAGAAAAAUUUAUCCCUCCAGAACUUAGUAUGUGGGAUUAUUUUGUUGCAAAGCCAUUUCUACCUUUAUCUGAUAGUGGCCUUAUAUAUGAUUCAGAUGAAAGCAUUCAUAGUGAUGAAGAGGAGGAUGAUGCUUUUUUUUCUGACACACAAAUCCAGGAACAUAGAGAUCCAAACUCCUACAGCUGGGCCCUUAUACAUUUGGCAAUGGUUAAACUCGCACUUCACAAUGUCCGAAAUUUCUUUCCUGUUGCUGGUCUGGAAUUCUCAGAUCUUCCUGUAACUUCUCCAUUGGGCAUUGCCGUGAUAAAAAAUUUAGAAAACUGGGAACAGAUAUUACAGGAGAAAAUGGACCAGUUUGAGGGGCCACCUCCCAACUACAUCAAUACCUGUCCUAGUGACACUUCAGUAGGAGCAGGACCAGCUACCCUUCGUAAUAAAGCAAUGUUAGACCCUGAAAAUACUCCAUUCAAAUCCAGAGAUUCCUCUGCAUUUCCAGCUAAACGACUCUGGCACUUCCUUGUUAAACAAGAAAUCCUUCAAGAGACAUUUAUUAGAUAUAUAUUUACUAAGAAAAGAAAACAGAGUGAGUCUGUAGAAGAUCUUGAAGAACAGGUCAAACAAAACUUCGUAGUGGAAGAUUGCCUAAACAAGGUUGAAGCUGAUCUUGGCUACCCAGGAGGGAAAGCAAAAAUCAUCCACAAAGAAUCCGACAUGAUUAUGGCAUUUGCAGUUAAUAAGGCAAAUAAUAAUGAAAUUGUCCUGGCAUCAACUCAUGAUGUACAAGAACUUGAUGUUACUUCUUUGUUGGCCUGUCAGUCAUAUAUAUGGAUUGGAGAAGAAUAUGACAGAGAAUCAAAAAGUUCUGAUGACAUUGAUUAUCGUGGUUCUACUACAACUCUUUCUCAGGCCCCCACGACAUCCUUUACAGUGAGUCAGGUGCAUCCAUCUUCCUCUUUGCCAUGGUUAGGCAGUGGACAAACAAGCACUGGAGCUGGUGUGCUUAUGAAAAGAAAUCUUCAUAACGUCAAGAGAAUGACUUCACAUCCUGUCCAUCAGUACUAUCUGACAGGAGCUCAGGAUGGCAGUGUACGAAUGUUUGAAUGGUCUCGACCACAGCAGUUGGUGUGCUUCCGCCAAGCAGGCAACGCAAGAGUUACUAGAAUGUAUUUCAAUUCACAAGGGAACAAGUGUGGUGUUGCAGAUGGAGAGGGUUUUCUAAGUAUUUGGCAAGUAAAUCAAACUGCAUCCAAUCCCAAACCUUAUCUGAGUUGGCAGUGCCACAGUAAAACCACAAGUGACUUUGCAUUUAUUACCUCUUCAAGUCUAGUUGCCACAUCUGGGCAGUCCAAUGACAGCAGAAAUGUAUGCCUCUGGGAUACACUGAUAUCACCUGCAAACAGUCUCAUUCAUGGCUUUACCUGCCAUGAGCAUGGUGCCACAGUGCUUCAGUAUGCUCCUAAGCAGCAACUUUUAAUCUCUGGAGGCAGGAAAGGAUGGGUCUGUAUAUUUGACAUCCGGCAGAGACAGAUAAUUCAUACAUUCCAAGCCCAUGACUCAGCUAUUAAGGCUAUGGCUCUGGACCCCUGUGAGGAAUAUUUUACUACAGGAUCAGCAGAGGGGAACAUAAAGGUGUGGAGAUUGACAGGCCAUGGCUUAAUUCAUUCAUUUAAAAAUGAACAUGCGAAACAAUCCAUAUUCAGAAAUAUUGGGGCUGGAGUCAUGAAGAUUGAAAUAGUUCCGGGCAAUCGACUCUUCUCCUGUGGAGCAGAUGGCACACUGAAGAUGAGGGUUUUACCCAGUGCUUUUAACAUCCCCAAUAGCAUUUUUGACAUUCUGUAAACUUAAGGUUCUGGGCAUUAUUUUUAUAUAUACACCUUUCAAUUUUUAACAAAGCUGCAGUAGUAUCCAGUAAGAGAACUAACUAAUUGUGCUUUCUGAGCUGUUUUUGACAAAUUGAAAACAGUACAAAAUUCUGCAAAUCUUUGUUCACAUCAAAUUUGAUUAAAGCAGCUGACUUAUUUUGAGCAUUGCCUGCCUUUGACUAUAGGCAGGUAGGAUGGCUGUGCAUGCACUGUAUUGUAAUGACUUAAUGUAUUGAAAAAUUAUACUUAGUGUAGUGAAGGAUUAGCAUUCUCUAUGGCAUUUAGCAACCUGAUUCAGAAAGCAAUUAGAUAGUAACAGGCCACAGUGGUGAAAAGCACUGUGAGAAAAUGAAAUCCUAAAACACUGAUGCUGAUUCAGGUUUCUCUUCCAGUGCUUGCCACUGAUUGAAAGCAUGCCUGCAGUUUUCUUAUUUGUUGUAAUGAAGGAUAGGAUCUUGUUAAUGAAGGUGUUAGGAGUUCCAGGUCACCAGACAAAAAACAAAAAACAAUCAUUGAAGUAUGGAACAGAGUAAACCCGUGUACUGCAGAGAGAGACCCAUCUGUUCUUUUCUGCUGAAGUUUUUUUCCUGUUAGUGUUUCUACUGGGUUAGUACUGUAACCUGCACAUAAACUCAAACUUAAACGCAAUGUUUUCUUUCCAGUUCAUACAUUCACAUUUUUUUGACUGCUAGAUUUUCUAUUUAAAUACUUGCCUUCACAUUAGGAAUGUAACAUGUGAACAUGGAAUAUUUGUAAGUGAACCAAAACUUGUUUUCUUAGUCCAGUUUAGUACUUUUUUCUUGUAUCCAAGAAAAAAAAGACACCACUUUUAAAGCUAUAUUAAAAUCACACCAAUAGAGCGUACAAUGCCACACAUUGAAUGAAUGUUGGGCUUUUUUGUGGCCAGUUAACAAAUAGUUGAUGAGACUGGUGAUAUUAUUUAUUACCACCACAUAUUGUAUAAACUAUGCAGAGUUAAAUAUUAUUUGCUUGUAAUAUAUUUGCAAAUGUUGUCAUAUUUUGAUGUAAUUCCUUGGUUAUGACCAAAAAUGUUCUUGAGAUAUUGGCACUGGUGUCUGUGUAUUUAAAUGUUAACCAGCAAAUUGUCUUACUACGUUAAUGAGAAUGUCAAUGCUUGUUCAAUAGUAGUAAAAUACAAUGGCAUAGCAGCACCUUCCUUUGAAAGCUAUGUGAAGUACAGGCUGUGAAAUACAUAUGUAAAAGAAAAAUAAAUGUUGUUUGUUAAAAUUUCACC